UGUUGUCCGUUUCAUUUUAGUUUGGAGCAGUACAAGAGUGUUGUGGCGAGCGCGCGCCGUCGCUAAAGGUUGACGUAAAGUGGGAGAUCAACACAUUGAAUAGAAGGCACAGAGCAAACGGCAAACACCGAGCAACGAAAGAAGAAGUAGAGGCAGCGGUGGUUUUUAUUUUCGUCGAGUUGUGAGCAUCGGUGCUGGUCCAUCUGUCUGUUCACAGUCAACAAUGCAAUAGUUCGUCUCGUGGCUUAAAAUCGAAAACAUUGCGCCAAUCGGAGCUCGUCCGCUUCAGAAUUGCGCUUUGUGUGUGUGUGUGUGUGUGUUCGACUUCAGUCUCAUUGAAAAUAUUUUAAAACUAAUGGACAAUUUUCCAUUGAAGAAAAAUCAAGUCGUGUUGAAAAGAAAGAAAAACUUAGCUGUUAACCAAACAAACAACAUCAGGUGCUGUGUAGCCUAAUCGAAUUCAUCAACAACACCGCGCCAAAGCUCAUCAUCAUCAGCACCACAUCUGAUACAAACAAACAAGCGCACAAAACCCCACGAAGCUGAAACCGACGACGACAUAGAGAAAAACCUAAUGGAGUGAUUAGUGUGUCGAUCGCUGAUUAUCGAUCAACAACAUAUUACGAUACAUGGGAACAAUCAAUGAGAUUGAAGUCUUUCAAUUCAAUUCGUCCUCAUUAUGAGACGGCCUAAUGAUGACUUUUUUAGUUUUAUAUUCAAUCAUUUUGGCGUACAAGGGUUUAUCAAAAGCAGAAAAACAAAUCAAAGCAGAUUGUGGAAUGAAAAUAUUUCGUCGAGAGCCACGUUUCGAGCCAUAUAGUAGUCGGUCAGCUAGAAUAAUUGGCGGUUCAUCAUCGAGUGACGGCGAAUUUCCAUGGCAAGUAUCGUUAGAAGUGCUACAUCCGAUUUAUGGGUUUCUCGGUCAUUGGUGCGGUGGUGUGCUCAUCGAUAAUUCUUGGAUCAUAUCUGCUGCACAUUGUAUCAACAACGAUAUAUUUAAUUUGCCAUUGCCUGCACUGUGGACAGCGGUUUUAGGUGAAAAUAAUCGACACUUCGAAUCGGGCCAUGAACAACGGAUUUCCAUUGAGAAAAUCAUUACGCAUAGUCAUUAUUCACAUUAUGAUCACGACAUCGUUUUACUGAAGCUAGCUGAAACCGUCAAACUGGACAAUUUUAUCAAUAAAAUCUGCUUGCCAAUACAAAAUGAGCUUACGUAUUUGCUCGACGAGCAUCUUUUGAACAAUGUGAUUGAGGAUAGGAAGUUUAGUAUCAACAAAAAAAUGCGACCGGCCCAGCGACGGCGAAUAAAUGACAGAUUUAUGCGCUUUGAUAAUGAAGAUAGGCAUCAAGAGAAGAAAUUGUAUUCAAGUUCAGACAGUUUGUACGAUGGUUCGGCCAGCAAAUUGGAACCACCGUAUAUUGAAUGCGUUGCUACCGGUUGGGGAAUGAGCUAUAAGGAUGGUGAAAAGUUAUCGGAUAAUCUCAUAAAAACCAGAGUGCUGAUUUUCGAUAAUGAAAGAUGUCAAGAGGUUUACGGUGAGCAUGUGAAUAUUCAUGAGGGUCAUUUGUGCGGUGGUGCAAUAAAUGGCAAAGGCGGAACGUGUGUAGGCGAUAGUGGUGGCCCAUUAAAUUGCCGAUUGCACAAAAAUGGGCCAUGGGUGCUAGCUGGAAUCACAUCGUUUGGCUCAGGAUGCUCCAGUUUUGAUGGUAACCCCUACCAUCCGGACGUUUACAUUCGGAUAUCGUAUUACAUCAAAUGGAUAGUAAAAACGAUGUCACAAAACUGAAAUGAAAUGAAAAGAACGGAAAGCAAAGGCAUUUUUGUUCGAAGGAAAAAAAAAUUAUUUAUUAUUGUAGUUUGUGAAAUUCUAUUUUUACUUUUGUUCACCAAUUUGUUCUUCAAAAUAAAUUAUUUCUC